ACGAUAAAUAUCGUGUAGCUGGAAAUAAUUAAUGAAUCCUUGGGCGCUAAUUUGAAUGUGAGAGAGCGAGAGGGAAAAAGGCGCGCGCGAACAAAAUGCUGUCAGUUGGUUAGAAUUCCCCAAACAAAACAUACGCAGAAGCUCAAUUUCCAGAGGAUUUUCUCCUAAAUGGGAAAAUUUUAGGUCAAGGAAACAAAAUGAAAAUUAUUUAGUGAUAGUGCAAAAGUGUCCAAGAGUGCAGAAUUAUGGAUACUUCUGGAGUUUUAAUUGAAAUUUUUGGUGAAUACCCUUCGCUAACCUACAAAUUGGGGCCACAAGUGAAGUCUUUGACCCUUUCUGAACACCUCCAUGAACUUACGCAGUGGCUCAAGGUGAAGGUAAAUGGACAAAAUGAGCCAGAAGGGGAGAAGGAUCAGGAGCAAGCAGGACGUCUGGGACCAGCUAAAACAGUUUUUGACAAAGAUCCAGGAAAUGCUUUGGUUUCUAUCUCACCUGACCGGCUCACCGUGCAAUCCCAGAGUCCGUUUUCCACGGUCAAGGCCAAUUGCUGUGUCUUUCAGGAUAAAUGGAUGUAUGAGGUUCAGUUGCGUUCGAAGGGAGUCAUGCAGAUUGGCUGGUGUUCAGCCAAGUGCAAAUUCACAACAGACACCGGAGUUGGUGACACUAAAUACAGCUACGGUCUGGAUGGUAGCAAACAGAGAAUCUGGCAUGUGUACACAAAGAAAUAUGGGCCCUACUGGCGCAGUGGGGAUGUCUUUAGUGUGUGCUUGGACAUGGAUGGUGGGAAGAUUGAGUACUAUCGGAAUGGAGUAAGUCUGGGUGAAGCAUUUUCAGAUAUUGAACGUGGACCAGGAUUGGCACUCUUUCCGGCAGUUUCACUCUCCUACAAUGACAGUCUAACGGCUAAUUUUGGUGGUUCUCCCUUUAGACAUCCCAUUCCGGGAUACAAACCCCUUCAGUUACCCCCAAAAUUGCUCCUGCAGCAAGCUGAUUACCUGCUACAGUACCUGGCAAAUCUCUCUCGAUUGAUUUCACGCAGUAAGAAGCCUCAGGAUCAGGAGAAAAACUCCACGGAUUCUGUGUUUAUGGUUGUGGCAGCAAUUCUGGUGGAGGAAUUAGCACCAUUGCUGACGAACUCCUAUGUUGUUGAGGAUAAACUCUUCUCCUAUGUCAGGAGUAUGUGCGUUAUUCGCAGUGAUCCAAGUCAGAAUAAUGUGAUUCAUCCGGGAUUGCGUGAUUCCACUCUGGGAACUUUCCUGACACUUCUCUGGACUUAUAUGGAACCCGAUGAAAUUAAGGGUGUUAUAAUGAAGCUGAUCAAUUUGAUUGGGAGUAGUUACAAGGAAACACCUAUUGAUUUGGAGUAUGAGAAACAGAGGAUGGUCAUUGUAGUUCUCACAUGCAUUUGCAAUCAUCCCAUGACGAGGAAGUAUCUUUUAUUGGAGAGGUUCUUCGAGAAGAAUUGCCUUCCACUCUUUUUGUAUAUUAAGCCACCCGAUGAGGCGGCUUUGGAACGCCUUCUGCCCGAUGAUCACAUCUGGACAGAGGGAAUUGGUGGACGGAAGGACCUGUAUUUAGCUGCAUGCGAAAAGCUCAAUUCCUGCACAACAACUCUAUAUUCACUUCAGAGGAAUCUCAUUGCUGUUCUGCUCAAUCAUUCCGAUGGAUCUCUCGAUAGUCCGUCGAGUCGGAGGAUUUUUCUUACGAAAUUCCGGAACUACGUCAUGGAAAAUAGCCUGGAGCACAGGAGUCUGUCUAUGCAAAAUACCUACGCGACUCCAACUCAGCCAGCGGUGGCACUGUCUUUCUUAUGUAUCCUUCUGGACGUUACUCGUCAACUUCUGGCUGUGGAAGUGCCCCAAAAACGCACUCAAGUGGAUCCGGUGAAUUUCUACAAUGAUGCCUUCACUUACUUCCACUUUGAUCGCCUAGGAGGCGUUUUGUCGCAUCUCAAGAAGGUGUUCCGUACAGAGAUGAUCGGUGCUCUGGGCGAGAGUCACCCGGCAAUUGUUCCUUUGGCACAGGAACCUUCUGCUCGGCAAGAUUCUGCAGAUUUCUACUCGGCUAUGCUCAUGAUAACACAACAUCAGCCUAAUCAGAAUUUUCCUUCGAGCAUACCUAGAAAUAUUUUUCCCGUACGACAAGUGGGAAGUCCUGUCCGUAGAGGCAUUGACAGGAAUACCAAUCAAUCUUUAGAUGAACUUCUCGAUUGCUCCAUAUUCUAUUAUUACGCUGUGGCUCAUAAAUAUAUCGUCAUGAUUGCUGAUUUGCGGGAUAACAUUGCGAUGUUGUCGGGAAUUUUGUCAGAAACAAAAGAUUGCUCAGAUGAGGUGCUCAAAACCCUGGAAGAGCUCAAAGAUGCCAAUGGUGGCUUGUCCAAUACUCACGAUGACAUUCUACUGGAGAUUCAGGAACGUUUCGGUCAGCGAAAAAGCAUCUUUGCUAAAAGAUCAAUGGAAUUGGCCAGGAAGCAGGCAUGGUAUCGCUCAGUAGCUCUUGGAGCUCAUCGUCGAGAUCUUCUGUGUUGGUUGCUCAAACUUAUUUUUGACACCCUCCAGACAGCAUCCAGCCAGGGUGUCUUGUUCUCCUUUGUCCCAGAGACUUACAUCAAUGUCCUGCCAAUUCUCCUGGACACAGUUCUGGACUUUAGUUUUCAUGACAUGAAUCUUCAGCACGACCUGUCAGACUCGAUGUCAAUUGUGAUGAGUGCAGCUGAAUUCCUUGCAGCACACUCCACAGAUCCUCGUGUGGUACUUGCCUCAUGUAAGGAUGCUCUCCUGCAGGCACUGGGAACAGUCACUUGCCAUGAGGUCGGGAUUAGAGCGCUAGAAAAGACAUCAGCUAGCAGCCAACUGGCAAUGGUGCAUUCUCUAUUGAGACCUUAUGAAAAUCGCGCUUGGGGACAGAGCAAUUGGCUCCUUUUGCGUUUCUGGCUGGGUGAAGGAUUUGCCUACAGAGAAUCUCGGCCCACAAGUAUCUGGCAGCAGGGCGAGCUGACAUCCUCUGCUCUAGGCCUUUAUAGGAGUCGUGGAAAAAAUGGAUCUCAUACGGGACUUCUUCAUCACAUUGCUCCAGCAUGUCCUUCACGGCACUUUCAGAGCCUUAUCAGUCGCAUUUUAUUGGCUGAUGAACCCUACUGCACGAUUUUCCUCAAUUCACUCCUGUCUCAGCUCAAUUGGGCAUUUUCGGAGUUUAUCCUGCUGCUGCAGGAGAUCCAGACAGCCAAUAGGCGAACUGAUCAGCAUCAGGGUAUUGACUCCAGGCAGCUCAAGAUCUGCUCAAUGUGCUUCGAACUUACUGUAUCUCUGAUGCGAGCUCUAGAAAUGAUCAUUACCAUUGCUCCGGGCAUUUUUCAGGAUCCCACACGACCUAACAGCGACUUGCUUUUAGGACGGGUUUGUCAACUAGCCAGUCAAGUACUAUCACGAGUAACUACCCCUCCUGGAUGCUUUCAGUAUGUUCUCGAUCUGUGUCUGCCAGAUCUGAGUAGUGUAACACAUUUUGCGAUAAUUUCGGCUGUUCUGGGAAUUCUACUGGCUCUCAUGAAGGACGAAGUCGAGGAGGAAGAUUUUGUUGUGAGCAAGAUACCUAGAGUAUCUCGGUGUUUGCUAAUUGAGCCGAGUUUUCAGAGUAUUACUCUGGAAUUUGCCCUGGGCGAUGUAAAGGUUCCACCCGUGAUACCUCCUCCGACUCAGGCAGUUCAAACAGAUAAUGGUGUGGAUAGUUCAGCCCAGAGUCCUGAACCAUUCCAUCAAGAUCCGCCAAUUUUGAGCUUCAAUUUGGCUGAUUAUCCUACACAUAUAACUGCUGAGGAAAUACUGAAGGUCAAGCAAAUGAUCAGAGUUUUGCAGAAACGCCAGACAAUGAUGUCUGAAGUGACUAUACUCUCUGAAGAUUCUCUCUGUUCAAUUUGCUACGCCAAAGCCAUCUCUUGUGAAUUUCUCCCGUGCCAACAUCAAUCAUGCGGAAAUUGCAUCGUGCAGCAUUUACUCAGCAAUAAACUCUGUUUCUACUGCAAAACACCAAUUUCAUGCGUAAAGUCCUUCGAUGGAACCAUUCUGUAUGAGAAUACCCUUAUAUCUCUAUCUUCUGAUGAUAGUACUGAGUACUUUCCAUCUUGAAUAUCUAAGCUGUGUGUUCAAUCUUUAACACUGCCAGAAAUAUUUUUCGCGUGUGUACUUUUUUUUAUAAAAAAUAUGAAUUUUUGCCUCAAAAAAUUCUAGUCAAUUUGUCUCUAGUGAAAUUUAUAUUUGCAAAAUUUUGUGAGUGUUUUAGCUAUUUAGUCAAUGUUGAUAUUUGAGAAUUUUAGCAUUCCAAAGCCAAUUGUAAGAUUACGAUUUAUAAUUGCUAUCAGCACAAAAUCACCAGCAACUGUCCAAUGUCAAAAUUAGUGGCGCAGCCAAAAGUGAGAUAACAGGUGACCUUAGAUGAAGUUAUCCCGUUUUAUGCUGCUAUUUUUGGCACAAGACUGUAUUUUAAAAUAAAAAAAUUGUUGCACAAAA